GGAGCGGAGGGAAGGUGGAAGAAUGGGAGGGGGACGAGCGGCAAAGGUCCGUUCCGUGUGUGUAUUGAGUAUGAGCGACCCCAAUAAUGUGUCAACAGCAAUGCCACAAGAUCCUUCGCUUCUUAGAGACAUAUCUUCGAACCAAGAGGAACAGAGGCAGACGACCCCAUUGAUCAGAGCACUUUUGCCCAAAAUUUCAAGCAGAAAACGACAAUUGGAAGUGAUCAUGACUGUAUCCUGGAGUGUGUUAGUCCCUUUAUGCUCUUUUGGAUUCCUCAAAGAAUUUCGGCCCUCAGAAUCAUUUGUAACACAAUAUUUGAUUGGUCCGGAGAAAAACUUCACCAAAGCGCAGGUGAAUCAAGAUAUUUACCCUGUAGGAACUUAUUCAAACUUAUCUUUGCUAGUACUGGUUUUUCUUCUUACUGAUUGGGCUCGCUACAAACCUGUAAUUAUUUUGGAAGGUUUGGCAGGAGUUGUAACUUAUUCCCUCAUAAUAUGGGGCAAAGAUGUGCCAACGAUUCAGGUAGCUGAAUUCUUUUAUGGAUUAUUUAUGGCUACAGAGGUAGCAUAUCUUACUUAUAUUUAUGCCAAGUGUGAUAAAAAGGAUUUCCAGAAGGUAUCUGGUUCAGUACGCUCAGGGAUUUUAUUAGGACGUUUUGCAUCUGGGGUUACAAGUCAGCUUACCAUCAGCCUGCAUUUUCUAACAUACCAUCAACUGAAUUAUUUGACCCUGGCCGGAGUCUCAUUGUCUGUCAUAGUGGCUGCCUUUCUUCCAUCUGCAAGCAGAAGCAUUUACUUUCAUCGGGAAAGCAGUUUACAACCAGAAUACAAUGGAGCUUGUGAGGAUUCUGGCAUGUCACCACCAAAUAAUGAUCAGAGUUUAAAUUGUUUUAUGGAUUUGCCACUUGAAGGCCAGGAAAGUCAAGCUGUUCAAGAGAGUUCUAUUCUCUCCCCAAAGAAACCAUGCAGAAGAAUUUUGUCAGAUGCAUUGCAAGCAAUGAUAGAUGAUUUUCUCUCUGCUUAUGGAAAUGCUCAUAUUUUGAAGUGGUCUUUGUGGUGGGCUUCAGCCACUUGUGGUUAUUUACAGGUGACAUCAUACAUACAGAUGCUUUGGCAAGUCACAGCAACACAGGACCAGCAGUUGUAUAAUGGUGUUGUUGACGCUGCCUAUACUCUUAUAGGUGCCAUUGCAACAUGGUUUGUAGGCCAGCACAAAAUGAACCUUACUCGAUAUUCAUGUCCAAUUCUGACAGUGUGUUGUCUUCUUCAAGGGACUGUCCUUUUAAUAUCUGCUGGUAUGGUUCAUCUAUGGGUUCAGUAUGUCCUAUACAUAAUAUUUAAAAUUUUGUAUCACUCAACUAUGGUGUUAGCAAGUUCUGAAGUGGCAGUGUCCCUCAAGGCUGAUUCACAUGCUCUCAUUUUCGGCUUCAACAUGUUCAUAGCCUUGUGCCUCCAGUCCAUCUUUACGCUUGCGGUAGCUGCUAAAGGUGGUUUAGAACUGGAAAUUCGUAGUCAGUUUUUUGUUUAUGGAAGCUAUUUUGUUGUUUUGAGUGUUGGUUUUAUGCUGUCCAUUGCCAUACCAGCAGCAUGCAACUUUUUCAAUUGUGGAACUUUUGCCCACAAAGAAAACAAGCAGCCGGGCAUAGCAUAAAUAUUUGCUUGGAGAUUUGGCAAAGUAGGAGGCUCUUUGGUAAGCCUGAUAAUUCAUGCAGUCAAAGAUGGAUCAUCCUAGCAAGUUUUCAUUUACAUAGUUUAGAAAGUCCUUAAGUAGGAAACAGCUCAAGUUUGAUGAAAUUUCAAUUCCUCUUUACACAAAGAGCAAUGUGUUUCUCAUUUGUAAUGAGUGUAUUCAGUACUCUGUGAUAGUUUUUAUGGUCUGAGCUACAUAUUCCAUCACAUAUUUUUGAUGUGAUUAUUCAGCUGUGUUAAAGCAAGCAAACUGCUAACUUAAAAAAUAAAGUGUGUAAACAAAAAUAUUUUGGUCAGAAAAAACAAUUUAUUAAACAUCUGUUAAAAAUCAAAUGAACAAAAUAAAUAUAAGACAACAAUAGGGA